AUGGAUCAACAUAAUGAAUACUAUGAUUAUGAUGAUAGUCAUGAUAGUAAUGAUAAUGGAUAUGAUUAUGAACAUGAGAGUAUGAUUGACAAGUACUCAUUGUUAUUAUCAUUGACACUUAUAUUCUUGUCAUUCUUCUUAUGGAGAAAUUCAACUCUAUUACCAAGAAUAUAUACUGAUAUAUCAACUUAUAUAAGUAAUACAUAUACAUCAUGGAGAUAUCCAAAUCAAUCACAACAUCAACAACAACAACAACAACAACCUCAAACUCAACAAUCCCAACAAACAAGUGAUCAACCUUUUGAUGAAACACAUAACAAUGUUGAUGUUGAUGACUUGGUAUCAAUCAACAUCAUUCAGCGAGAGACAACACAUCAUCGUAGAUUCAGAAGGUCACGUGUCAGUACUGUUGCCGAGCUCAAAUCAUACUUAUUCCCCUUUGAUAUGCAGAAUGGCAACAGGGUAAUGUUUAUAUAUGGUGGCCGAUCAAUGAUUGAUUCCAAUACAUUGGUCUCUUAUGGUGCUGCUUUCGACGACCCUUACGCAGUCCCACCGACAAUACAUUGUAUAAUACGACCUCCAACAGACCAACCAGAUCAACAACAUCAACAACAGCAACAACAACAGCAGCAACAACAACAACAUCAACAUCAUCAACAACAAUCAGUUGUUGUAACCUCAUGGAUGACAUCAAAGAGUCUGUACACGCUCACUGGAUUGUUCUUGGCGGCCUUGUGGAGUUUCCAAAUCACAAGACCCAAAUACUUUGAUCGAAUGGCCACACUACUGUUACUAGUCUUCACUAUUGGAUGGGGCUACAGCUUCUAUGCAUCAACUGCCAAUGCGACUGCGGCUGCCCGUGCGGCCAGAGCUACAGCCCAGGGCGCGCCACCCCAAGCUCAAAACCGACAAUACUAU